CAGCGUUCCUCUCGCCCCGCCCCGCCCCGGCCACGUUGUGUCCCGGCACACGCGGUGCUCGCGGCCGCAGCAUCUCCGCGCUGCUGGCGGCGGAUGGAGGGCGCGGAGCCCUUCGAGGCGGUGCUGGGCGCCCUGCGAGGCUGCUACGCCGAGGCCGCCCCCUUGGAGACCUUCAUCCGGCGGCUGCAGGAGAGCGGGGAGGCGGCUGCCGAGGUGCUGCGGGGCGACGACUCGCCCUGCUACCGCGCCUUUGUGGGGCAGUGCCUGGUGUGCAUCCCCCGCGGGGCCCGCCGCAUCCCCCGCCCCGUCUCCUUCCAGCAGUUAUCAAGUCAGAGCGAAGUCAUCACAAGAGUUGUUCAGAGACUAUGUGAAAAAAGAAAGAAGAAUGUCCUUGCGUAUGGAUACUCCUUACUGGAUGAAAACAGUUCUGAUUUCCAAAUCAUGCCGUCUUCCAAUAUAUACAGCUAUCUGCCCAAUACUGCGACAGAAAAUAUUCGCAUCAGCGGCCUCUGGGAAACACUGCUGAGCAGGAUAGGGGAUGAUGUGAUGAUGUAUUUAUUGGAACACUGUGCAAUCUUUAUGCUGGUUCCCCCCAGUAAUUGUUACCAAGUUUGUGGGCAACCAGUUUAUGAACUUAUUUCACAUAAUGUAGACUCGGCCCCAGUGUUUGUUAGACAAAGGUGUUCAAGAUAUAAACGUAGUAGCUUGCUUGACUAUAUGCAAAAAAGGCUUAUGUUUCACAGACAAUAUCUUUCAAAGUUGCAUUGGUGGAAAAACAGACAAAGACUUGAAGCUCAUGUCUCCAGCAUGGGAAAUAAGAAAAGUAACGUACAAAGCUUAGGGUCCAGUUGCCAGUAUUCUGCAAAUGCUGUUUCUAGAGCAAGUGAACAAAUCAAAAUGAUUACUGAACAUAUGGAGAAACAGAGUAACGCUAGUUUCUAUUCGUCAACUAUGGCAUCAUCUUUAAAAAGGAAACUUGGUAGGGAAAAACUUGAAAUUCCAGCUAAGAGAGCAAAAGUAGAGGAGCAGAAGACACAAAGCUUAGUGUCCCGUUGCCAGUAUUCUGCAAAAGCUGUUUCUAAAGCGAGUAAACAGAUCAAAAUGGUUACUGAACAUAUGGUGAAACCGAGUAGCUCCAGUUUGUAUUUGUCAGCUAUGGCACCAUCUUUAAAAACGAAGCUCAGGAGGGAACAACUUGAAAUUCCAGCUAAGAGAGCAAAAGUAGAGGAGAAAGUGAGAGAGGAAAAGUCUUGCUGUGUCACUCCUGAAGUAAACCGAAGUAAUUCCAAGAUACAUGGAACUGGGUAUGUAGAUUCACAUUCUGUAAGUCUCAUUAAAGAAAAGCAUGUUUCUCAAAGAAGUAACAGUGAUAUGUCUGGUCCUUCUUUGGUUCGCACAUCUUGUGAAGGGAAGAAGUUUGUGGCAGGUGAAAGCUCUUUUCUGCAAGGAGUUCAGAAUAACAAACCUUUAAAGUCUGGCCUUGAAACGCAAGCAGAAUCCCAUAGGAAAGGAGUAGAGAUGCAUAUGUAUAAAUCUCAAUUGGAUUCUGUACAGAUCAAGCCCAUGGAAGGUAUUUCUUCAAAAUGUAGCAGGCAGGAAGGUCCCUUAGCUCUUUUGGCAAAGAAGUUACCAAAUACGCUCCUGCGUUCUGCAGUGUACAUUGACAGGAAGUUUCUUCUGUAUUCUCGCAGGAGUUUCCAAGAACGUUUCCCUAAAUCAUUUUUAUUGAAUCGCUUGAAGGGCUGUCAGGCAGGCGGAAGACAGCUUAUAGAAACUAUAUUCUUAAGCCAAAAUCUGUUGGAACAAAAGCACAGCCAAAAUCUGCCACAUAAAAACUGGAGAAAGAAGAGGUUGCCCAAACGCUACUGGCAAAUGAGACAUAUAUUUCAGAAACUCUUAAAUAACCAUGGAAAGUGCCCUUACUUAGUUCUCUUGAGAAAACAUUGCCCUGUCUGGAUAUCUGAAACCAAUGUGAAAAGAACGGAGCUGCAUUGGCAGGCAGCUCUGCCUGGGGAAGCGAAGGUUCACGAGCAAGCAGAACAGUUUGGGAAAGAGCCUACUAAGUGUAUGACAAGCAGCAGAUGUGAAUCUGGUCAUGGUGAUAUGCCAGACAACUUAUGUGCUCCUAUUGCAAAAUCUUUGUGUGGGGAGUCGUGGAGCGAGCGGCAAAUCCCAGGAGAGGUGUGUGAUUCAGCUCUCAGGGAGCUCCUCAAGCAGCACAGCAGCCACUGGCAGGUGUACGUCUUUGUGAGGGAGUGCCUGGAGCGGGUCAUCCCUGCUGAGCUUUGGGGUUCAAACCAUAACAAGUGUCGGUUCUUAAAAAAUGUGAAAGCGUUCAUUUCCAUGGGGAAGUUUGCUAAGCUUUCGUUGCAGGAGUUGAUGUGGAAGAUGAGAGUGAAUGACUGCGUGUGGCUUCGCCUAGUCAAAGGUGAUCACUUUGUUCCUGCCUAUGAACAUUGUUUCCGUGAAGAACUUUUGGCUAAAUUCCUAUACUGGCUGAUGGAUACCUAUGUCAUUGAGUUGCUCAGAUCAUUUUUCUAUAUCACCGAGACCAUGUUCCAGAAAAACAUGCUUUUCUACUACCGAAAGUUUAUUUGGGGCAAGUUACAGAACAUUGGAAUUAGAAACCAUUUUGCCAAAGUACAUCUACGUGCUUUAUCUUCAGAGGAGAUUGAAGCUGUCCAUCAAAAAAAUUACGUUCCUAUGGCAUCAAAGCUCCGGUUCAUUCCCAAAGCCAAUGGAUUAAGACCCAUAGUAAAAGUGAGCGGUGUUGUUGAAGCACGAGCAUUCAGCAGGCAAAGCAAAGCAAGAAAGAUGCAUCACUACAACACUCGACUGAAAAAUCUCUUUAGUGUGUUAAAUUAUGAACGGACUAUGAACACCAGUUUUAUUGGCUCUUCAGUGUUUGGGAAAGAUGAUAUUUACAAGACAUGGAAGAAGUUUGUUACAAAGGUUCUUGAAUCAGAUGGUGAAAUUCCUCAUUUCUACUAUGUAAAGGCGGAUGUGUCCAGAGCUUAUGAUACCAUUCCCCAUAAUAAACUUGUGGAAGUGAUUUCACGGAUCUUAAACCCUGAAAAAAGAACUGUCUACUGCAUACGGCGCUAUGCCGUAAUUAUGAUUACCACAACUGGAAAAGCCAGGAGGCUCUAUAAGAGACAUGUUUCUACUUUCAAAGAUUUUAUGCCAGACAUGAAGCAGUUUGUGUCCCAGCUUCAUGAGGAUGCCUCAUUGCAAAAUGCAAUAAUAGUUGAACAGAGCUUAACUUUUAAUGAGACAAGUUCCAGCCUGUUUACUUUUUUUCUUCAAAUGAUACAUAAUAACAUCCUGGAGAUUGGGAACAGGUACUACUUGCAGUGCUGUGGUAUUCCACAGGGCUCCAUUUUGUCAACCCUACUUUGCAGUUUAUGCUAUGGAGACAUGGAAAACAAAUUGCUCUGUGGAGUACAGCAGGAUGGACUCCUAAUACGUCUUAUUGAUGACUUUUUGCUGGUUACACCACACUUAAUGCAGGCAAGAACCUUUCUGAGGACUCUAGCAACAGGUAUUCCUGAGUAUGGCUUUUUAAUAAACCCCAAUAAGACAGUCGUGAAUUUUCCUGUUGAUGAUAUCCCAGGAUGUUCCAAAUUUAAACAGCUGCCAGACUGUCGUUUGAUCCCAUGGUGUGGUUUAUUAUUCGAUAUUCAGACACUUGAGGUUUACUGCGAUUAUUCCAGUUAUACUUGUACUUCUAUCAGAUCAAGUCUUUCCUUCAAUUCAAGUAGAACAGCUGGCAAAAACAUGAAAAACAAAUUGAUUACUGUCCUCAAACUGAAAUGCCAUUGUUUAUUUCUUGACUUACAGAUCAACUGCCUUAGAACAGUUUUAAUUAAUAUCUACAAGAUAUUUUUACUUCAGGCUUACAGGUUCCAUGCCUGUGUUCUCCAACUUCCUUUCAACCAGCAAGUUAGAAACAACCCUUAUUUCUUCCUAAGGAUCAUCUCUGAGACUGCAUCAUGCUGCUAUUCUAUCCUGAAAGCAAAAAACAGAGGGGUUGCUUUAGGUAACAAAGGUGCAUCUGGUAUGUUCCCUUCUGAGGCAGCAGAAUGGCUCUGCUACCAUGCCUUCACUGUCAAACUUUCAAACCACAAAGUUGUUUACAAAUGCCUGCUUACACCCCUAAAAAUCUGUAAGAUGCAGCUGUUCAGGAAGAUCCCAAAGGAUACUAUGGCACUACUGAAGACAGUGACAGAACCAUCUCUUUGUCAAGAUUUCAAAGCUAUCUUGGACUGAUGAAAGUUUAUUUAAUAAUUUUUCCAGGUUUAAAAUAAAUGCUACAUCUUUAGAUGACUUUUCUCUGUAGUUUUAUUUUGUUGGAGUGCACUAAAGAACUUCACUGAGAAGUUUUCUGUGUUUGUUUCUCAGGUGCCACACAAGGACUUAAAAAGUGCAGAUAAUUUUGUUAAUACCUUCUAGUUUGUGUUUGCCUGUGAAUUUACAAGGUAUUUGAAGUUGUUGACUCGGUUUCAGUCAGGGAUUCCCGUCUUCUUGAUGAAGGCAUCUGUAAGCUAUGUUUGUACGAAGAGAUCUACUUUCUUGUUUCGGUGUGUUUCUGAAGAACUGGUUUUUCCUUUGCUGAGUUGUAUACUAUUUUAUAAUAAAUUGUCUAGUUAAUUGCAAUAACA